AUUCGAUUAACCCCAGGAAGGACUUGUGGUCAAAGGAGAUGUCUGAAAUUCGUUCAAUAUUACAGGGGUUGGUUGGAAAAAUUGCAACUGUUACGCCCCAAAACAAAUAUGCAUCCAUAAAUUUUGGACGAUUCUGUGGUGAUAAUCCAGAGGCAUGGAUUUUCCAAGCUGAACACUACUUUGAAUUCUAUGAAAUCACAGAAAAGUAUAAAUUAUCUCUCGCGUCAUUGUAUCUCGAUGGGGAAGCAUUGGAGUGGUAUCAAUGGCUUUUUUGGAACAAACAAUUAGCAGAUUGGAAACACUUUACAGUGAAGGUAAUGAUUCGAUUUCGUAAACAACAUCUCGAAUCACAAAGAUGUCACUUGCUCAAUAAUCAGGUAACCUCCAACGAUAUAAUCAACUUACCUUUUUCGCAAUCCUGUGACGAGCAAUCUGAAGGCAACAACAAAACCAAUGCGCCCAAGGUGUUUGAUGACUUGUCUGAAAGACCCACAAAUGCAAAUUUCAUUGAUAUAUCAUGUAAGCUUAGUCAACUUGAAGUUAAGGAUCCCCACAAUGUGUGUAAGUUGACAAUAUGA